AUGUCCUCAUCUCUCCUGACAUACUCAUCAUCUCUCACUAUCAUUAUCCAUCAGCUCUUACCAUUGUAUCCCUUCCUAUACAGCUGCAGCGUCAUGCCCAUCGGUCGACGAGGCCAAUCGGUCCCGGCUACCGAGCUCACGGAAAUCAAACCCCUUGACCAAGCCCUUCCAUCGCCGCCGCCCGACCCCUCCCAGGAGGACUCGGAGCCUGAAGAGGCAAUGAUCGAGGCCAUCCCUUCCCCUCCAGCGAUGGAAAUCGACCCCCCUCCCGAGAUCGACUCCCCUCCUCCCAUCCGAAACAUGACUCGCAACCUUCGCAAGGUACCUCGUCCGUCGUACUCCCUCCGGGGGAGCGCGGAUGGCUCUCAGGGCUCGGUCUCGCCGCCAUCCUCGGAUAGCGACGAUGAGGACUUCGAGUCCCCGUCACGUCAGCCGGUCAAUAGGCGGAUGAUGAGCAGCAGCGAGAGUGAUGGGGAGGGGGAGGAAGAUGGGGAGGAGGCGGAGGCGGAGGAAGCAGGCGGUUCAGACAGCUCGUCAAACAGCGGGCAAGCAUCGACCACGCCCUCAUUCAAUACGCCCAGACGGACACGCUCGAAGGUCACCAACCCUCUCCCCACUCCUCCCGACACCUCGCCCGUCGCUCCUUCCUCUUCUCCGAACCGGAAACGGCGCCUGGCCCCGUACGUCGAGAUCCCGGUCAAGCGGCGUCGAGGCGAAGGGAGCAGCAGCGGGACAUCGGUCGGGUACAACACGGGCGGUUUUACUCCUGAAGAGAGCUUGAAGCUGUACCUGGACCGCCGUCCGGUCGUGGAGGGUGGACGCUGGGGCCCGACUGCGAUCAGCCUGAAUCGGACAGCUCAGGACUGCCUAGAGCGGUUCAAGGCGAUGGAUAAGAUCAUCCAGGAGAUGAUCCUUGCAGGCAAGGUCUAG